AUAAAAUGCUUUCAUCAAUAGCAGGUGAUCCGGGAAUUAUAUGCUUUCAGCACUGCACAUCGAAAAUCUUUUGUGCCGAAUUCCCUGAACUAGUGUCCAACAUGUGGAUGUCGUCUAAGUGAGCAGAAAAUGAAAUUACUCCCAUUUCGUCUACCAUAUCCUUUUAUUCGGGCCUCACAGUAUCCUUGUGCUGUUGUUUUACGUCCUACAACUGGCGACUUUCUAAAUGAUUACAACAACUCCACCGACUUGCACAUAGCUGUAACUACAUCGAAAGGUACCAUAGUUGAAUUCGAUAGGAAUGGUCUUCAACGGCAUUCGGACAAAAGUGGACAAAGUUCUUGGUCACAAUGUUUGUUAGUUGAGAAUGUUCCGGAACCAUGGCAUGAACUUUGGGAUGAGGUCUUGUUACAGAUUUGUAAACAGCCUAAUUGGACAACUGACGAUUACAACGAGGAAGCGUACAAUUGCUACACAUUCGUCCUGACAUUCCUGCAGGCUGUGGGCUACAGUGCGCUGAGCAAGGAUGCCGAAAAUAAGACGUACUUCUGCGAGAAAUACAUCGUACCCCGGACCACAACAGCCGGAAAAUAUAUUUCAUUGUAUCGUAAAAUACGAGAUUAUGGAUUGUAUACACAUUCCGUCGGCAAGGAUAUGUCGAGCCAUAGUGGUAGCAGCGCAGCCGGGCUGAGGGGCAACUUCUACGGAGUGAAAUUGUGUACAAUUAAGGAGUAAGGAAGCAACACUUAAGGUUAGAUGAUAUGAAUAUGAUUCUGUGUGGAGAAAUAGGAAUAAUGUUUUCUUGCACUUGUGUUCUGGCUGUUGUACUAUUGUUAGAUUGAAUAAUUAAUAAA